UUAUAUAUGAUCUAAAAAUAUUUCAACAUGUCGAUUUGAUCAUAGUUCAUAUUUCAUCACUACAAUAUUAAUACUAAAACUAACAGAAAAUUUUUAAAUUAGUUAAAACAAAUGUAAUGAGUGAACAUAAAUGUUACAUUGUUGUAAAGACACAGUUAUCUUUUUAACACGUGUAUGUUUGCCAGAAGUAUGUGGCUGCAGAUUAUUUCAAUGUUAAAGCUGUUGGAUAUGGCAUCCGGCAUAGCUGGUGGAUCCAUAGCGAACUACACAAGACACAAUUUUAUCGUAUCGGCGCAGAAUACAACUGGAUAUCACUUCUUUGCGGGAGUUAUUAUCUCGGUCUAUCACGUCCUCAGUACCUGCUCGGAUUUGGCGGAAGUGUCUGAAGCAGGAGUCAUGCCUCUGGAGAAUCUCGGCAAUGUUCAGUUAGUAGCCGGUGAGACCAUAACCAAUCCGGAGCAGAUAAGGUACCCCGAGAGAACGUACAUCCACCCGGCGUGCAAGUUAGGACCUGAAAUUAUACAGUUUGACCUUGCCAUGUACAAGGUUUUCGAGCCGUGGGACUUCGGAGGUCGCGUGAAGCCGGCUUGGUUGCCUAACGCUGACUGGGUAGUACUCAACAGCAUCUCGAGAGAAAUGACGGAGAACUCGGAAAAAUGUACCAUCGUCGGCUGGGGGACCGAAAAUACUGAUAUGUUUCUGAACCUUCUCGAGGCCGAUGUGGAGCUCAGCUCCUGGGCAGAAUGUAAGAAGAAUUACUGCAAGAGGUGCCCUAACUUUGAAGCGGCCAAUCUUUGUACAAAACCGAAGAAGAAGGUAUCGGUCUGCGACGGUGACCAGGGCGGACCGAUCAUCUGUCGCCAGGUUGUUUGGGGUGUAAUAUCAUACCCACGUGCUGAAUGCGGUGAACCCCAUUAUCACAGUUAUGCACGCACUGGCGCCCGGACGACUAGAACUUGGAUCAAAGAUAUCUCCGGCGUUAUGAGUUUAGGUACAGCACUUGUCGGCAACCUCGUGUUCAUUAUCCUAUGCAUUUUGGCUCAAUUACAUGUUUACUAAAGGUC